AUGACGGAGACGGCAGCAUCAACCGGGAGCGAAGACCCCGCACAGAGGGCGGCCGAACAGGCUCGUCUGCGCAAGGAGCGUCGUGAGGCUAAGCUCAAGGCAGGCGGCUCGGCUCGCCUGAACAAGAUUACCGGGCUGAGCGGGAGACCGAUGGCAGACUUCGAGCCACCUUCCGCCACCGCAGCUACUCCGACAGCGACGACAGACGAUCCCGAGGAAGUCGACAUCUCAGAGCACUUCCACGUUCCCAAGACGACUGAACGGGGGCAACAGCGAUUGCAGGAUCAGGGUGUUGAGCCGGCCGUUUCCGAGGAUGCCCUCCGUCAGAUGAUGCUCGGCAUGGGUCCCCCCCCUCCUCUCCAGCAGCAGCAGCAGGGUGAUGGGCAGGAGAAUGCCAACCCGUUCGGUGGGGCGGCGGGCGGCGACGACCCGAUAAUGCAGAUGAUGAGCCAGAUGAUGGGCGGUGGCGCCGCCGGAGCGGGGAACCCGUUGGCCGGCAUCCCCGGCCUCGGAGACGCCCUCGGACAGAAGCAGAAGGCCUCCCCGCCGGACAUGUACACGUCUCUGUGGCGCCUGCUGCACGGCAUCGUCGCCCUCGGGCUGGGCCUCUACAUUGUCGCGCUGACGCCCUUCACCGGCACGAGGGCGGAGAGGGAGUUGGCUGCCGCGGAUGAGAUACAGGAGAAUGAGGAGCGCAAGAGGCUGUUCUUCUGGGUGUUUGCCACGGCGGAGGCGUGCCUGCUCACCACGCGCUUCUUUCUGGACAAGGGGCGGGACCCGCCGGCCGGGAUCGCAUGGACCGUCUCCGGCUUCCUGCCUCAGCCGUUCAAGGGGUACGCUCAGAUGGUCAUGAGGUAUGGGCAGAUCUUCACCACGGUCAGGUCGGAUAUUCUCGCCUGCAUCUUUGUUCUGGGGGUGUGUGCUUGGUGGAGGUCGUGA